ACAGUAUUAGCAACAACAAAACAACAAAAAAUGUCCUGCAUAUCGAGCAAUUUUAGCUCAUUCUUCCUCAACUCCUUGAACGAUCCUUCAGAGUUUUCCAAGUACUUGAGCAAUGGCGAACUGAAAUGCACAAAUUUCGAGGAAUUUCAAGUGUUUGCUGCUCAGUCAACGCAACAGCAGCAGCAACAACAACAACAGCAACUGCAGCAGCAGCAACUACAACAACAGUAUUCAUAUACAAAUGGCGUCGGCAGCGCUGAUUUGUGCUAUGAGACGACAGCGACGCCGACGUCGUCACAGCUGCAGUCGCUGCGCAGCUGUGAAGCUGUCGAAACGUCGACAGCGACAGCGUUGCCAAUGCCGCCAAACAAUCGCUGGCCCACAGCGGUGGCAACGCCAAACGGACAUGCGCCCGCAUCUGCCGCAGCAGCGGCCGCGGCUGCUGCUGCCGCCGCUGCCGCUCAGCAUUUCGAUGGUUCCUUUGAGUUUAUCAAAUAUCUGCGUCACUCCACGGAUUUUACGCCGCACAGUAGCAGCAAUAGCAGCAGCAGCGGCGAUGCCGUCGACAGCGCAGCCGCAGCGUCCGCUGCAGCAGAGAAAAUCAGCAGCAGCAGCAAACUGUUAACAGCUGCUGGCGCUGCAGCAGCGGGCAGAGUAACGCCGACGCCGCCAUUGCCGCUGCCUGCCUCCCCAUUGGGUGGUGCUGGUGGUGGUGGUGGAUCGAGCGGCGUCGGUAGCAUUGGUCUCCUCGAUCUGGAUUCGACGAGCGUUGCGCAAAAAUCGCGUUCGGCUUCGCGCAAAGUUGCCGCACUGCUUUCGUCCGUUUCCCGGUCUUCCAAUAGCUUGGAGGCGAGCUCUGCGACGCUGGAUGCCGUUUUCGAUCACGAUUCGAAGCAAACAAUGUUCGAAUUGCAGCACUUGACGAGCACUUCGAACGGUUCGAAUGGUUCCAAUUCGAAUGAGUCUUCGCUGGAAUUGCUCGCCUUUCCAAGCUCACAUCUAAAUGCUUCCAAUUCGAAUACCUCAUCCGAGGAGCAGUGUGGUGAAUUUGGUGGACUUCUUGGCGGUGGCGCUGCUUGCUCAUCUGGCUCAGCAGGUGGCGGUGGCGGAGGGGGUACGCCCAAAUUGUUGGGCAGCUUUGUGAUCAAGGAGAAUUUUGAAGUGCACCCGUCGCACAAGGUGGAGGAGGGCAUCUUCCAGCACAUGAACAAGCUGCCUUCGAAGAAGAAGGACACGCUCAAGCAGCUCGGCGUCCGCUUCACUGGCCAAAUGACAUUGACGGACAAAUCGAUUGUUGUCGACAAUUUCAUUCGAUUCUGCGAGGAAUACGACAUCAAGGAUCAUCGGCCGUGGCUGUCCUUAAACCAAUGUGGCCUCAAUAAACCAGAGCAAAUUAAAUUUGCGCGCUAUUUGGGCCAGGGAUUGCCAACGUUUACGCUCUUCUGCAUUUAUAGCAAUUUUAAGAAUCUGUUUUGCACCAAACGCACAGAAAUCUAUACCAAGGAUGGCUACAAUCUGCCUUAUAUACUCGAUAAGACCAAGCGCUUCCUGGCCAAUACAACAGCUGACCUCAAGAAUAUGGCAGCCGCGAAUGACGGCACGCUCGAGUUUGCUAGCAAUAACAGCAGCAGCAGCAGCAAUAACAGCAACAACAACAACAGCAACACCAUUAACAAUAACAGCAGCAGCAGCGUUAACAGUAACAGCAGCAACAGCACUAACAGCAGCAGCUGCAGCAACAACAGCCUCAAUACGGUUAACAGCUAUGCAGCAGCAGCGGCUCAACAACCAAUGGACACCCGGUAUGGUUGUGUGACGGCGACGUCAACGUCGCUGCCAGCACUGUUACCGCCACCCUCGUCGCUGCCAGCGUUGCCAUUAGGUCCACCGCCACGUUCGCUGGAACAGCUGAUCAUCUAUGAAAAUUUCAAUGUGCACGAAACGCAUCGCAUCGAAGACGGCGUUUGUACGCACAUUUCACGGCUGCCGCCCAAGAAGCAGGAGCUAUUGAAACAGUUCGGUAUACAGAGUAGUAGCCAGCAAUGUCUGAGCAAUUAUGAAAAGUGCAUACUCAUCGAGAACUUCAUCAAGUUUUGCAAUGAAUAUCAGAUAUCCGAUCAUCGACCCUUUUUGGACUUCCACGAGAGCGCUCUAUCCAAAUGUGAGCAACUUAAAUUUGUACGAUAUCUGGGCCAGGGGCUAUCCAAUCUGACGCUAAACAAGAUCUAUGUUGCAUUCAAGGAGCUCCUAGGCAACGGACGACCGGACAAAUCUGGUUCGGAUAACUAUAAUUUGGAUGUAUUACUGAAGAAGAAGCGCAAGAAUCUAUAUAAUCGCCUGAAUGCAUCGGCAACUAGUGUCGAUUUAACAGCGUACGACUCAGCACAACAAUCGCAACAUGCCCAAGUGCCACGCCCACAUCACGCCUUUGCCGCUUUAACAGCAGCGACGCAGCCAAACGACGUUUGCAGUGAUCUGCCGCAAUACAGUUAUGUGCAACGGUAAAAGCUCACAUUGACGCCUGCGCGGGCGUUUGCACAACUACAACAACAAGAAAUACACACACACACAUAUGCAAACACAUACAUAUUAAAUAUACUUCCUGGAACUGGACCAGUAACUGUUGUGUCUUCAAAACAUAAAAAAAGAGAAACAAAAACAAAAACAAAAUUAUACGAAAAAUGGAAAAUUUGUUAAGCAAAAUGAUGCUAAGUAAUUAAUUGAAAAUGAAAACUAAGUGCUAAAUUAUAAAUGAAAACAAAAACAAAAAAGAAUUACGAGAAAUUAGAGAAAAUUAAUGUAACAAUUACUUAUCGUAACAACGUAACGUAACGUAAUGGUAAUGAGAAUGAAAUUCCAAUUAGCAACACUACCACUAAACCAAAAAGAAUGCAGUUUAAUCUAAUAGAUAUCUAACGUUUCAAUACGUAUAUAAAUAUAUUUUGUGUAGUUGGGCAGAACAACAAGGAUCUAAUAAUAAUAUAUUUGUAGCUCGUGCUUCGGUUUCCAAAUUUUGAGUCUCCAUUUGUUUUCCAAAAAAGUUAAGCAAGCAAGCAAGUUAUAUAUACAUAUAGUAU